GACGAAAUAACUACAACUGGGAUUCUGAAUUCAUCAGCACAAUUAUGGGGGAUUUUUCUUGUGGCCAUAAUGGAUGCAACUGAAGAUACUAGUCAGAAGUUUAGCAUGCGUGUGCCUAAUUGGUUAUUAUUUAUAAUAUUAUGUGUCGGAGUUAGGACGAUCUGGGUGAUUGACCACAGCGAUGGUAAAAUGAUGUCCGCGCCGGCACCGGCGCCGGCGCCGACUCAAGGCGAAUUAAGAAGGCAGUCCACGAUAAGUGAAACGGAUGAUGUAAGAAUAAAAGCAACAGUACCCAUACGUCAACACUGGCCACCAGAGGAUUAUAAAGAGACGGAAGAGGAAUAUUUGAUCAAGCAUGCAGACGAGUACAAUGAGUUUCUUGGUAGGAUUGGUAUAAGUUUUAACAACCAACGAACAUUUCAACAAGUAUUAACUCAUAAGAGCUAUAAACACGGAAGCGUUCCCACAAACGAACGAUUGACAUUUGUUG